AUGUUAGCGCCGCCGCCUCCCCAACCAACCGCACGCCGCCACGUCGCCCCGCCGCUUCCCUUCACCGCGCUGGCCCGCGCGAGCCCAUCGCGGGCCCGCCCGAGCCCUUCCGCCGCCGCCGCCCGGGUCCAGAUCUCCGUCGUCCGCCGCCGCGCGUCGGGACCCCGCGCCGCCGUGCUCCGCCCCCGCCUCGCCUCCGUCCGCCCCGCCGCCGUCAGCCGUUCGCCGCUGCCUUUCCGCUGGCGUGCCUCGCCGACCCCGCCGCCUGUGCGCGCCCUGCCGCGUCCUCCGCCCCGCGCCGCCCGACCUCCCGUCGCCGGCCGCCUUGCCGCGCCGCCCCGCGUCCGCUUCGGUCCGGAUCCGGCGAGAUCCGGCCGGAGGGAGCUCCCCUCGCCUUACUCCGCCUCGCCGGCGCCACGCGGGCUCGCCGGAGCGCCGCCCCGCCGCCGGGACAGCCCCGUUGAGUUGUUGUAG